GCUAUUAAGUAAAUAGUUUCCCUCAUUACAUACCUGUUUAAAAUUAUAUCAGUCACGAAUAAUAUACAAACAUAAUCAGUUAAAAGAUUUUGGAAGUGUGUGACUAAAGUGUUUCUUUAUCUGUAUAAAUAUUAGCAGUAAAAUGCGAUUCAAAAAAAUAUAAUUUAUUUCAGUUGGUAAUAGCUUAAAAAUGGGUUUCAGACCUACGGUAGAGAUUCCGAUAUUCUUGGUGACACUUUCCUCUAUGUUAACAGCCAGUGUCAGCAACAAUUUACUAAUCUACAGAACCUGCUAUAUUCUCCUUAACUACAAUAAAACAGAAUGCGCUCAACUAGGAUUUGUAAGUAAUAAUGAAACUGCAAAACUGGAGCUUUUAGUGUCACCAACUAGUACCCAUAUAGCGUUGAUAAACACUAUUAUCGAAUCAGUGCUGGGAUCAGUUUUAUGUCUUUUCAUGGCUUCUUGGAGCGACAGAUUUGGUAGAAAACCUAUUAUUGUGAUGGCAUUUAUAGGUGGUUGUAUUGCGAUAAUUCUCCACGUAGUAUAUGCAGCCUUUGAACUAACUCCAUGGUUUAUAUUAGUUCCAACAUUUACAGUACUACUUACGGGUGGAAGAGCUGGUUUUAUUACUAUUUUAUAUGCCUAUUUAGCAGACUUAACAAAUGAAAAUGAAAGAGGAUGGAGAAUUGGUAUAUUUGAAUUGGCAAUGACAGCAGGCGUUCUUAUUGGCACGUAUUCCAGCUCUUAUUUACUCAUAGCAACAAGCUAUCUUACCGUAUUCAGUAUAGGUGCUGUUUCACAGAUAGUGGCUUUGUUAUAUGUGAUUUUUCUUAUACCAGAAUCCCUAAAGCUUAAAGAAAGUUCGAAUGCCGUGAGUGGAUUCUUCAAACUUUCCAAUUUACUCGAAAUAGUAAAAACGCCAAUGAAAAAAAGAGAGCACUCUAUGAGGGCUAUACUACUAUUGACAUUGUUAAGCAUGCUUCUCGGAUAUCUGACUACUGGAUCUACGGAUAUUUUCUUUUAUUUUGUGAGAGCAAAACUCCAAUGGACUUUGACCACAUUCACUUCGUAUGGGACAGUACAAAAUAUUUUGGGAAUUUUUGGUGGUGUCUUUAUAAUGUACCUUCUUCAUACGCGUCUAAAAAUUAGAGAUUUUUUGUUAAUACUGGUAGGCAUGGUUUUUACUAUAAUAUCACCAAUUAUGUUUGGUUUAGCCGUAAAAGACUGGCAUAUAUAUCUAGGUGCUGUUUUGAAUCUCCCUGCUUCCGGUCAAAGUGCUUUACUACGGUCUUUUAUUUCAAAACUAGUACAUAAAGAAGAAGUGGCCAAAGUAUUUUCAAUCCUUUCCAUAGGUUCAAAUAUAUUGGGGCCUAUAAGUUCAAUUUUAUACACAUUUUUAUAUAAUUCGUAUGUCAACGUAGAUCCUGGCAUAUACAAUUUUUUUACUGCUAGUAUUCAGGCUUGUGUCUCUUUGCUAUUUCUGUUAGCAGUCAUUAUAAAAAGUAGGUCACAUCUGGGGCACGUAUGGAUUAUCAAAUUGAAAAAAAACUGAAACAGAAGAACCUGAAAAGUUAAUUACACCCGAUGCAAAUAAAAGCAAAUGAAUAUAUAGAUUGUGGAUCCAGAUUUACAUUUUUUCAGCUAUACGUAUCCUAAAUACUACAUAAUUAUUAGCUUAAAGGUUAUUGCUGUAACUUGUGAGAAUAUUUAAAUUCUUGUAAUUUUAAAAUAAUAUUUUUGAAAAGCUCUUUAAGAAAAAAAAAUUAAAUCAGUUAAUGUUAUUACGGAAUUUACCCAUUUGAUACAGAUUUGCUUAUAAGAGGUAACCAAGACGAUUAUAUUAGGAUUAAAUAAAAUAUUUUUUUUAUA